AUGCAAGUGAGUGGCUACACAUUUCCAACCAAUCUCCCCCAUGACGAACUUCCCGAGUUAUUUGACACAUAUCAAAGAACCAUUUUAAAACUUAUUCGGACCGAGUUACUCUCUCCAAUUGAAUAUCCAAUGAUCGACGCGCCCAGUGACAAAGAAGAGAAAUGUAAUUUAUGUUUCAUGACGACAACGAAUUCUCCGCUCAAUGAAUUUGACACGUGUUGUGUUGGUAAAAUGUACUUUUGCACGUUAUGUUUAUUAAAUCACCCGGAUUUCGACAGAGAGAAAUUAACGUUGAAAUGUCCGCACUGUAAAAAGCCAAUCAAACUGAAUUAUAAAAAAACUUUAGAAAAAUUUAAGAAGUCUCGUGUGUUCUUCUCAAAGCCAUUAGCCUCUCAGUGGUACGAGAAAGAAGAUUUAACACGCAAAAAGCCAAUUUCAAAAUUGUAUGUCACCGAACCUCGCAUGUACGUGACAGAUGACGACGAUGUGUUUUUUCAACAUGAACCAGUCGACAACCCUCUACAAAGUGGAACACACAAUAUCAUUCAAACGGGUAUCGUUUCAGCCAUUUACACUCCUUCAAAAACAAAGAAAGAGAAAUUGGACUCUCCACCACUCGACGCAGAGACUUUAAAACACAUCGAAAAGCAGUUCGAAGAGAGAGAAAAGGGUCAAACGAACACAAAAACAACUUCGUUGGCAUCUGAGUUUUAUAAAAAGAUCAAACCCGAAGUCCUCCAAAUAUUUGAAGCAUACGACGUCGAGAUCCCCGACUUCUUACCUCCAGACGUUAUCAACGACAUCGACAUAGAACUUAUCGACACUAAAGAAACAGCACUCGCUAUGAUAGAAAGUGCCGCCAAUUUUCUUUAUGACAACAUUUAUUAA